UAGACCGGAAUUCCGAUUUCAAUGACUGUCACUUUAAGCAUCAGCCAGCAACUGGCAACUAUCAAUAACAAUCAAUGAAGUAUCUAAUUUAAUGAUCAUUGAUCGAUUCAUUUAUUUUUUUGGUAAUUGACUAUCUUCAAUUUUCUCUUAGUGUUUUGUUACUUAAGUGUAAACAUCGUGUAAACAAACAAUUUCCUAAAAAUAAUAUCUUAGUAAUAUUGAGUAAACUUAUAAAAAGUGUGCACUUUUUUAAUUACAUAAAAAAAAUAUAUUCCUAAUCUGAGAAAAAAUGGAACUUUUAGAUGUUAUGAAAAAUUUAACAAUAAAACAAACAGGGAAUGAGAGUGAACAAAAAUUGUUCAAAUCAAUAGCGGCUGAUAUUGAUGAUGUACCUACAGAAAUUGUUAUAGCAGAGUAUACUGACAAAACAUUAUUAAUUGUGUCUCAGUAUCAAAAAAUUGGGAGAGAGGAACAGCAGGUUGCAGCAAGAUAUCUGGCAGAAGCAAUAAAUAUUACAAAACCACUUUGCAUCUUUAUAAAUUUAAAGUCAUAUGAUAUUGAGACUGUUAAAGCUUGCAAAGACAUCAUUUUGGAUCUAAAGGGAGAAGAAAGUGAGUAAUAUAUCAGUAUGCUUAACAAAUUCAAAACUGUAAAUAAAUAUUAUGGACAAUUGGUUCUUGGUCCACCUGGUGCAGGAAAAACAACAUAUUGCAGUGAAAUGUCAAAGUUAUUAGAAAGUAUUGACAGAAAAGUAGUUUUAGUAAACUUAGAUCCAGCUAAUGACUGUAUUUCUUAUAAACCUGAAAUAGAUAUUAGAAACUUAAUAGUUCUUGAAGAUGUUAUGGAUCAACAUAAUUUAGGUCCAAAUGGAGCUUUAGUUUAUUGUAUAGAAUAUUUAGAGAAAAAUAUUGACUGGUUAUUAGAUCAAAUUAAAGGUGAAAAUUCAACUACUUAUAUGUUUGAUCUCCCUGGUCAAGUGGAACUAUAUAGCCACUAUGACUCACUAAGAAACAUAUUUUCAAAAUUAUCUACAUCUGUACCUCUCCAGUUAUGUGUGGUGCAUUUAAUUGAUUCACAUCAUUGUUCAGAUGCUGGAAAAUUUAUUUCUGCUCUAAUAUUAUCAUUAAAUGCAAUGUUGAAAAUUGGCUUACCUCAUAUUAACUUACUGACUAAAGUUGAUUUACUAAAGAAACAUGCAGAUAAAUUAGAAUUUAGCAUUGAUUUUUACACAGAGGUUCUAGAUUUAAAUUACCUGCUGGAGAGCUUAGACAGUGAUAAAUUUACAAAUAAAUAUAAAAAGCUUAACAGUGCAUUGAUAUCUAUUAUUGAAGAUUACAGUUUGGUUUCCUUUCAACUUGUUGAUAUGUUCAAAAAGCAAAGUUUAUUAAGUGUAAAAAAUGUAGUAGAUAAAGCUAAUGGCUAUGUUUUUAAAUCUGAAGAAGGUAGACAUAUUAAUAGUAUGUUAGCAUGUGCUAUGGGAAUAAGUGAUAAAAUUGAAAGUGACUUUGAAUAAACAAUAUACCAAUUGA